AUGGCGGUGGUCCUGGUGAAUCCCGUGACCCUGGAGUCCCUGGCGGUCCAGGUGGUCCCCGCGAUCCUGGUGACCCCAGCAACCCGGGCAUUGAGGGAGAGGCAGGCGCCGCAUCUGGUGGCGUUCCGCAGUACCCUCACCGUACCUUUCCCAUCGCCCAUGGAGGCGGAGAUUGCCCACCGGUUCCUGACUCCAAACGCUCGACUCCGAGGGCCAGUUCAGAAGGAGCUCAGUGUGAACGGCAGCGUCCUGACCGUCCGCUGGAGAGCUGAAGAUCCUCGCCUCCUCCGAAUUUCCAUCAUCAGCUUUCUUGACCAGCUUUCCCUGGUGAUGCGGACCAUGCGGCGCUUUGGGCCCCCCGUUUCCCGCUAAGCCUGGGCUGGGGAAACGGGGGUCCUUCCCAGGGAGUGAUUCCUGUAGUAGCAGCUGCCAUUGUGUUAGGGGGGCCUAUUCUUUUGCCGGUACUGGCCCUAGGGCACUCAGGGUCCAUUUGUUUUGUUUGCUGCUUAAAUGUUUGUUACUACAGAAAAUAAAACUGAGCUUUGCUAUUC